AUGGGAAAUGGCAAUGAUAAGGAUAUAAAGGACGAGUACGCCAAAUCUUACUACGUAGUUCUACUACGGAAGCAGCAAGAGAUAUUUGAAAAGCAGAAUCAUGAAGGCGAAUUAACCCCUCAUGAGAUUCAAUCGGUUACUUCAACAUCCUCGGAUCAUUAG